CGAAAUUGUAGAAGUAAACAACAGUCGAACCAAAGCAUUCGGUCUUCGUUUUAAUCAAUUUCCAAUAAGAAAUUCCCAAAAAAAUACAACUUGACUUCAUCCAAAAGUCAAUUAAGGCGAUAAUUAACAAAGUUUUCCAAUUGUUCAUCCAAUCCCUUCCGCAAAAGCAAGAGAACUAAGUGUUCGCACGACAUAAAAUAAGAGAAGUUAAAUUCAAUUGAGGAUGCUAUUUAAUUUUGGACAAAUUCCAAAAACGCUUGGAUUAUUCAGUACUGCUGUUGUUGCUUUAAGAUUCAUUUCAACUACCAGCGUCGUAAUGGCAGCAUCCACGCAACAAGGCGAUCCCAAAACCGCAAAAACUGUCUAUGAAUUUACCGCGAACGACAUCAAAGGCGAGCCCGUGAGUUUGGAAAAGUAUCGCGGACACGUGUUGAUCAUCGUGAAUGUCGCUUCGAAGUGCGGCUACACAGCAGGUCAUUACAAGGAGCUAAAUGAGCUUUAUGACGAGUUUGCCGAGUCGAAAGGUCUUCGUAUUCUCGCUUUUCCGUGCAAUCAAUUCGCUGGUCAAGAACCCGGAGAUGCGGAACAGAUUCAAUGCUUCCUCAAGGACAACAAAGUCAAGUUUGAUCUUUUCGAGAAAAUUGACGUCAAUGGUAAAAAUGCGCAUCCUUUGUGGGCUUUCUUGAAGAAUAAGCAAGGAGGUUUGCUCAUUGAUGCCAUUAAAUGGAAUUUUACCAAAUUUAUCGUCGAUAAAAAUGGAAAUCCUGUUGAACGUCAUGGCCCGAGCACGAGUCCUCAACAAAUGAAGAAGAAUUUGGAAAAAUAUUUCGAUGAACCGAAACAAGAGUUGUAAAUUUUUGUUCGAUGAAAAGCGAAAUUUUGCAUUUUUUCAUGUUUUCUUUUUAAUGAGUUUUCAUUGUGUUUGGUGACCAAUUUGAUUCGAAAUCUUGAAAAAAAUAAUAUUUUGUAAUUGCACAAUAAUUGCUUUUAUGAUGUAUCAAUAAAAUU